UAACUUUCGCGGCGGCGACAACGAUGGCAGCCGCGGGCGCGCCUCGGCUCUCGCCGAUUCCUCUCCGCGGGAGCCGCGUCCCGUGGCUCGGCGAGCAGAGCGCGGCUCGGGGAGACGGCGUCAAGGACGCGGCUCCUCGCGAUGGAGCGAGGAGCACGGCUCAGAGGGGAGGCGCCGGGGCGGAAAGGCUUCGACGGACGUUUAUCGAGUGUGACUUGGAUGGGGACGGAUACCUGAGCCGGGAGGACUUCAAGGUGGCGGUGCUGUCACUCUGUGGGUACAAGCCGUCCAAGACUGAAACGGAUCACCUGAUGGCGUCUGUUAAGGAAAAAAAUCUACCCGGGAUGCCUUUUGAUGAGUUCCGGAGAGCUGUCUCCACGAGGCUCGCGUCCGUGGACUUCGAUGAUGAAACUCGACGAAUCUUCACGGCGUUCGACACUUGCUGCCGUGGGUUUUUGACGGUGGAGGACUUCAGGAAGGCCUUCUCUCUCGUCGCCCCACACCUCUCGGGGCAAACCAUCCAUGAGACGUUCCGAGAGACCGACCGGGAUCUAGACGGGCGCGUGAGCUACAGGGACUUUGAGACCGCGAUGGCUGCGCGUCGUGGCUGCAGGUGACGGCCGCCGCACCGUUCUUGUAAGUCUCCGAGGGCCGGCCUUUGCUACCCGCCCGAAGCUUGACAGCCGCAAAGGCUGACCGGAGAUUGUUGCUGUGAAUGCCAGCCUCAGCUUCGUCCGUGAUGUCGCUGCGAUGCUUCCCAUGGUCCGCCUUCGACGUAGCCAGUCUGCCUUUUCCACUCGGUCACCACCCAAGAUGGGCAGACGGGCUUCUAUUGCAGGGUGCUAAAUGUUUCUGCCGAUAACCAGGGCUGAUGCGGUGAUCUUGCCGCUCAUUUAUUUUUUAAGGUUAGUGCCCUAGGUCAGUAAAUCUUUGAUUUCGUCAUCAUAAUCCAAACAGGAAAUCACAACCGUGGAUCUGCCUUUGUCAGGAGCUAAAAGGAUAAUGCCUUUCUUUGAUCUCGAUUCUCCUAGAGCCUUUGCCUCAGUCAAAGUCAUUUGUUUUUGGUAAGUCGUCCCUCGUUAUACGGCAACUAAAAAUGCGGAAUUUCACUACGUAACUUAUAACUUGGGCAGUUAAUGCGAUAUACUUUACGUUCAAUUCGCAUUUACACAAAUUUUUAUCUAGAUUUUUUUAUAGGGUAAAAUAGAGCAAUGCCUACGUGUUAAUUGUAGGCGCAAGGCGUAUGAACAAUUUGCCUCGCAAUUCAAUGAAUGGCCACGUCACCAUCAUCAUCAUGAGGCAUAGCGGUCUUCGUGAGACGCCGCCAGGGGAUACUAUCCUGUGCUCGCCGCCACACUGUAUCCAGGCCAAGGCAAUGGUGGUGAAGAUCAGCCUCGAUCGUACGUGUCCAUGUCCGCCACGGCCUGUGCCGGGUUCAUCUUCAAUCCCGUGGUGGGCCGUCGAUUGUCACGCGCAGGGCUCUGGUGCGAUCUGCUGAGGUGUCCGACCGAAACAAAGUGUCCGACAAACCAAAGUGGUCUGUUUCUGACUGUCAACACACCAGUGGGCACCCCUGUCUGAAGGCGGGCCUGGGCCUUGGUGUUGGUGAUGUUCUCGCCGAAGUGAACGUGGAGAAUCCGUCACAGGCACCGCCGGUCGCAGGCGUCCAGCUUCCAGCUGAGUGGCGCUGUCGUUGACCGCGUUUCUGAGCCGUACGGCAGUAUGGGAAGGAUGUGCACGUCGUAGAGGCGGAUCUUUGCUGCUGUUAUGUUGGAGCACCAGACGUAUCUUUUGAGCUGUUUCUUACGCUCACGUGUAAUUGAGAUUCUCCUUUUAAUUUCGGCCUCGCAUCUUCCAGUAUAUUGCAAAUUAUAGUUGAGAUAAGUGAACGUUUUACUACUUCAACAUGAUUGCCCGCUAUUUGCUCUUCAAUCCAGUCGAGUGGCUGCUCAUGAGUGGUCUAUAUUUUGGUUUUAUUUACAGUCCAACUGGGAGGAUUUCACUAUGCAUGAUCUCCAGUGCUAGCCAGAAACCUUCAAGCAUUCAGCUGGCAAGGCACACAUUGUCUGUCGAAUCACCUCGUUGCCUUAGAUCAGAGGUCGUAAACGGGUUUUGAUUCCUUACCCGUACCCGGCCGCACCAGGGUCGCAAAUGGCUACCCGUACCCAGCCGGGUACGGGUAGCCGUUCCCUACCCGUACCGUACCCAAAAUGAGUGACAAACGUCUACUCACCAGUGACUCACGGCCUACCCGUACCCGUACCCGGCCGCACCAGGGUCGCAAACGGUCUACCUGUACCCGGCCGAGUACGGAUGCCGGGUAUCGGGUAGGGUACGGGUAUCGGGUACCCGGUUGCGACCUCUGCCUUAGAUUGCUCCCAGCAGGCCUUUUGUGAACCGACGCUGCACGAUCCAGUCCAUUGGGGCGAGGGACAGGUUCUGGAGCAGUGGCGCCGCCUUGCCUUCGAGGGCACGGGAACACUCUCACCUUGUUUGUGAGAGAUCAGCGUGAUGAUGCGGUCGAUGUGAUACUGCUCUGUUCCCUAUUCUUGGUUCUUUCGGUAAAGUCACGUAGAAGGGAAAUAAUAAAAUGUAAAAAUUUUAAAACAAUAUUAUUUAAACAUUAGUUAAUUGUUUUAUUAUUAUUUUAUUAUUUCCCUUCUACUUGACUUUACUGAAAGAACCAAGAAUAUGAAUCCAUGCAGUCACGAAAGCUUUAAAUCAAAAUUUGCUUUGUUCCCUGUCGCGUACAGUAGUCCCUCGGUUAACGUUUUAAUCUGUUCCGCCAAAACUACUGUUAACCGAAAUAACUGUUCAUCGAAUUCACUAAUAAGUUGAAAAAAAUUUGUAAGAAUCAUUGAGAUCUGCAAGAGAGCUGUUUUCACUGCCAAAACAGAAAACAGUGUAACAAAUUUCGAUUUAAAGCUUUCGUGACUGCAGGGAUUCAUAUUCUUGGUUCUUUCGGUAAAGUCACGUAGAUGGGAAAUAAUAAAAUAAUAAAAAUUUCACAUGGAAAAUAAUCAAAUAUAAUUUUUUAUAUAAUAUACAAAAAAUGUAUUAUGUUAUAUUUUUAUUAUUUUAUAAUACCCUUCUACGUACCUUUACCGAAAGAACCAAGAAAUGUAAACAAAGCCAGUCGAGUUCAAAACGCUCAUAAAUCGGCUCGAUCCACUUACGAGCGAUCGAAUUUGCCGAAAUUGGUGCCCGCGUGCGUAACGUGAACAUACCGUGAAUCAAAAUGUUAACGUCAGUUGAAACCAUGGGGUCUUGUGGGAGGCGAAACGUUAGGGGCCGUCCAUAAAUGACGUCACGCGAUUUUGUACGAUUUUUGACCCCCCCCCCCCGUCACACGGCGUCACAAAAACUCAGACCCCCCCCCCCUCAAAUAUGACGUCACAAAUCUCUGCCCCCCCCCCAAACCAUAUUUCUAUUUUAAAAUAAAACAUGCUUCAAAUCGCUUUAAACUAUUGUCAUUGUAGUGCGUAUUUAAUGUGGCGCUGCACUCUGAUGUUGUAGGAGAAAACAUUUAUUAAAAGUCUAUUUAAUUAAGUCGAACGUGUUGUCUAUGUAUUUAAAGUUGCGUAUUUUGAUGUGACGUCACAUUUCUCAAACCCCCCCCCCCCUCGUCACACAUCGUCACAAAUGUCUGACCCCCCUCCUAGUUGCGUGACGUCAUUUAUGAACGGCCCCUUAACCGAAAAACCGUUAACCGAUGUCACCGUUUACCGAGGGACUACUAUACUUCUAAAAGGUUGCGUGCAAUUGAUUUUUUUAAAGAUCGUUGUGAUAACGACGUUGAAGUGGCUGUAGGGGAACAAUUGAACCGACUGCAUAUAUCAGAAUCGACAUUUUUACACGAUUUUACACGUAUUGCUACUAAUUGAAUCGCAGUGCAUUGUUGUAACUACUCGGAAAAUCCUAGUCAUUGUGAUGUGUACAAUUUAUACGUAUGAAUAAACACAAUUCAACUCAAAAGUC